AAAAGUACUUGAAAUUAGAUCAAAGCGUAAUUACGUGUAAAAAUACGUUGUGAUGUAAUUGAAACAAUAUUUAUUAUUGAAAAAAAAAAUGAAUUAAGCAAAAGAAUAUUUUUAUUAUUUCGCAAAAUAAAACAACAACAUAAAACAUUUGUUCUAAAAAAUCCAUAGCCGGUAAAGUUUCGAACGGAAGUAUAGAUAACGCUAACCAAAAGCAGUCCUAACUCAAACUAGAACACCACAAUAAAUCACAACGUGCCUUAGCAACAUGUUGCAGCAACAUCUAUACAAAUUUGUCUAAAUAUUUAAAAGCCAACAUCUGUUUUUUGCAAAUUCGCGUAAAAUUUAUAAAAAUCAGCACGCAUUAAAGUAAAAAUAAUAAAAAAAGCACAAAAUACACAAGCGCUACAACAACACACUACGCACGCAAACAACAUUUUAUGGAACAAACAAAUAUUUGUAAUCACAAUGGUGUUCACCUCCGCGGAUGUGGCCGCAGUGCGUCAUGUGGUGCAACGUAUAUUGGUGCCAUGCGUAUUUGUAGUAGGAUUGUUGGGCAAUUCAGUGAGCAUUUAUGUGUUGACCAGAAAACGCAUGCGUUGCACAACAAAUAUUUAUCUCACCGCACUCGCCAUCACCGAUAUUAUUUACCUCACCAUGGCGUUGCUGCUAUCACUCAAACACUAUGACUAUGUGCAGCGGAAUGUGGAAAUCUUUUGGAAAUGUUAUGGUUAUGUGGUUUGGCUUUGUGAUGCCUGUGCGUACAUUUCCAUUUACAUAGCUGUGUGUUUUACGAUCGAACGAUUUAUUGCGAUACGUUAUCCGCUUAAACGACAGACAUUCUGUACGGAAUCGUUGGCAAAGAAAGUCAUUACAGGAGUCGUGCUCUUCUGCCUCUUCUCCACAAUUUCGACAGCUUUCGAACAUCAGUAUAGCAUCGCUAAGAAAUCAAUUGAUAUCCAUGGUGUUGCGUGUAAUAAAACACAAGCGAAUGCGCCAGAGCGUCUAACAUUGCUACAACUGAAUUACAACGAAAGUGUACGACAACAACAACAACAGCAAGCAGAAGUAGGACGCACGAGAAAACAAGAUGACGUACAACAUUUACCGUUGCAACACUAUAUGUCAUUGCCGAAAUCGACAACGACAACAACAGCGCCACAUAUCGAUUUCGAAGGCAGCGGUGAGUCUGCUGCGGAUGAGCGCACAGCGCACACAGCUCAUCACUGGCAGACACGGGCUGCUGUGGACUCAGCAAUUGGGGCAGUAGUGAACAGAAAGGACAAUUUGGACAGCAGCAGCAGCAGCAGUGAUGUUGGCGAGACGCAGAGUAACGCUUGGAAGUCUAAACCGGAUGUAAUAUUGCGUAGAUUGAAACGUACCGUGAAGCCGGAGCCGAACAAGGCAGCGACCACCGCAACACAGACACCACUCUCUUUAGUUGCACCUUUACCAAACGCACGAACAACUACAGCGUCAUUGCCGGCAACGCAUGAAUGGUCCGCGCUGGCUGCAGCAGAAGCAUCAGCAGUCACACCGACUGCCACGCAAGUGAAAGCCUCGCGAGGUUCGGUUUUGAAGAGAGCACUCUCAGCGGCAUCUAAUACACACAUUCCUCGAACUAUGUCCAACUACUAUUCACUGGCUAGUCGUUCCGAUCUGGUAUUGGAAACCGAAUUCUUAGUGAGUGCAGCAACGCCGUCUACAGAGAACGCAGACGAAGAUGAACAGGCAAUAGACGAUGCAGAUAGAAUAUCAGAGCAAAGGCAACACACUGCUAAAUUAAGCGGAGUCGCUGGUUGGGCCGCUAAUGCACAGUCGACACAUGGUAUGCAAGAUGGCGAAACGGUUUUCUUCAACAUAACGGAUUAUUGCGAGGAAGUAUUCUACUAUAAGAACAGCCAAUCGAGCUUGGGCGAGAAUGCGCUCUAUACACGCCUCUGGUAUUUUUUCACCUUAUUCGUAUUCGUUUUAAUACCGUUAUGCCUGUUGGGCACCUUCAAUUGCUUCCUGAUAAUGUUGGUGCGACGCUCGAAGAAUUUACGCGGCGAAAUGACAAAUGCGAACAGUAUACGACGCUCGCGUAUGAGCGGCAAAGGGCAACGCAAAUCACACACAUCAUCCGUUUCGCAGGAGAAUCGCAUCACCGUUACGUUGAUCGCUGUCGUUUUACUCUUCAUAAUUUGUCAACUGCCUUGGGCGAUAUAUUUAAUCGUUUCGGAGAAUGUCCAUAUCGAUGGCAAUUUACAAGCGAUUAUUGGUAAUAUUUUCAAUUUUCUCGCUGCCAUCAAUGCGGCAGCGAAUUUUUUCUUAUAUUGUGUGCUCUCGGAUAAAUAUCGCAAAACGGUACGUGAACUCAUCACAGGCUAUAAGUAUCGUGCGCAUGCACGUAACACGACGGCGAGUACGAGUCUCUAUACGAGUACGCAUGGCACACAUUCGGUGAAUGGUAGUCGCCGUUAUCGGCCGACAGCAGCGUCAAUAGUCGUCAAGUGAUUGUUGAGAGAGCGAAAGCGAGCGCAAACAGUUAUGUAUGCGCUCGUUUGUAGCUAGUGCUCGUGGUGCUUCGUAUCGUGCGAAUGCCGAUUGUAUUCUACUUAGUUAAAAUUGUGUGUUAAUUAUUAUUGUUGUUGUUGAUGUGUGCGACGUUUGCGCAAAUUGAAUUUGUUAAUUUUAAUGUAAUUUAAAUUAGUUUGUAGCGUAUUUAUUAAUUAAACGUGUUAAUUAAGUAAAUUGCUUGGCGUGCGCCAGUUAAUUAAUUAAGUUUAUGAAGUGCAUAAGUGACGCUAUACAUACACACACAUAUAUACAGUUAUAUAAAUAUAUAUAUUUCUAAAUGCAAAUAUUUGUCGCGCUGGUUAAGUAUUGUAUUUAAGUUAAGCGAUUAGAUUACUUGUAAUUAAUUACAUUUUUAAGCGAAUGAGUCAAAAAUUUGUAUUUUUAAUUAUUUUCAUUAGUAAUAU